AUGAGUACAAUCUCGGCCGAUCUCGAAAGUGGCUUGCAGGAAAUACUUCAGAGGGUCAUUGACGAGAAGUCAAUCACCAAGGAUGACAUGUACAUGGCUGUCCAAGCUGUGAACACGGCAAAGAAUGAGUUGGACACCGCGGUCGACGAGGAGAGAUUCCUGGAGAUCAUGUCGAGUGACCAACGUCGGCAACGAGAGGUGGUUAUGCUGUCGGUGAGCUCGUGUGCUUUUACAGAAUCGAGAAGGCCGGCAACUUCAGAAGAGCUGAGUGAGCUGUUCUCCACCCGUGUAGCACGAGAUGACCUUGAGAGGCUCCUAGAGCUUAAUCCCGACGAUCCUGAAACCUUUGAACCAUCAGAUCAGGAGAUGCAGGAACCAGAUGAUCCCGCACAAGAACUUCCACCUGUCCCAGACGAUGACUUCGAGGACAUGGAGUAUGAGCCAAGCUUGCCGGGGGAAGGAGUCUUGAGUGACAUGUUUGAGGGACCUAGUGAUGAACCACGUGGUGCCAAACGUGACGGUGAUGUAGUUCCUCCCAUUGUUCCCAGACGUGUUCGACAAAAGACACCCGGGCGCAAAGUACAUUCGGUCAUCAUGUUGAAGCGCUGUCAAACCGAAAGAGCUCUUGAAAAGCAAUUAGAAAAGGAGAUACCUUGGAAACUAGUGCCUCCAGAAGAGCAUGCAGCUUUCCGCGGUGCCGAGCAGAAGCAGAUCCAAGAACAUUAUGAUCAUGAUGCUCUCGAGCCGCUAUCGAUUGAAGAGUCGGCUAGGGUGAAGGCCCGACUAGUGGUGUCUGGCCAUCGUGAUCCGGAUAUCCCGCACCUAGUUGUGGCGAGCCGCCGCAAGAAGUUAGACUGGAUGGCAUCUGCCGGGGACAUCACUGCAGCAUUCUUGAACGGUGAUCCUCUCGAGAGAGAAUUGUACUUGCGUCAACCAAGAGGGGGUGUGCAAGCAGAUCAGAUCUUCAGAGUGAAGAAAGGAAUAUUCGGUUUACCCGACUCACCAAGGAAAUGGUGGCGCAAACUGCGACGAGAUAUGAUUGACAUCAAGAUUGAGUACGAAGGACAGAGUCUUCAGUACUCCCAGUGCCCACUUGACCCCUGCCUUUUUCAGCUAUGUGACCCUGAGUCCAGAAAACCCUUAGCGUAUGUCGGCGUGCACGUGGACGAGUUGCUGGUUGUGGGACCACGAGGACUAGUCGGGUGCAUCAAGGGGUCUCUGUCUUGCGCUUUUCCGGUUGAUGGAUGGGAGGAUGACACCUUCGAGUACAUCGGCUCUCAUGUAAGAGUUAGCGACGAGGGUGUGUUCAUCGGACAGGAAUCCUAUGCUAGCUCCAGGUUGUUUGAAGUCGAAGUGGCUAGGGGACAGGAUGAGCUGGAACAGGCUACCGAAGCUCAAAGAAUCGACAAUCAAUCGUUGAUUGGAGCGCUUUCAUGGCUCAGUGCUCAGACCCGGCCAGAUCUUCAAUGUAGCGUUUCCCUUGCACAACAGCUCCAGAAAACUCCUACGGUUGAAGACAUCAAGUUCAGCAAUAAGAUCGCUAAGAGGGCUUGGGAGCGCCGAGAAAAGGGAGUUUGGCUUCGUCCCCUGGAUCUUUCAUCGCUGGAGUAUCUGGUCUACCAUGAUUCGGCACGGGCUAACGCGCUCCUGGAUGGUGAGGAACAUUUCAUUCUCAGCACUGAAGAUCAUGAGAACGGGACCAUGACAGAGGGCCCCUUCGACAAGAAAGCUCGGAAAGCUAGAAAAGAGAACUCGAAGGUCGCAAGCCAAAUCGGUAUCCUCAUUGCCUUGACCGAUGCCCAAGGGUUUCGAAGUGGAGGGGGAAAAGCUAGCAUCAUUGACUGGAAAUCCGCUGCGAAUCCCCGCGUGUGCAGAUCGACGUUCGCUGCUGAAACGACGGCUUGCUCAGAAGCGGUCGAGAUGGGGCAGUACGUGAGAUCCUUUGUGGAGACCGUUCUCACAGGGGAGUUGCGGAGAGUGGAAGAUCUUGCUGGCUCAAAGCUUAGAUGUUUGACCGAUUGCAAGUCGCUCUUUGAUCACUUGCAUCGCGAAGGAGUGCCGCGAGUGCCGUCUGACAAGCGUUUAGCAAUCGAUCUUGCGGCGCUCAGACAAACCUUCAACUUCGAGAGGGUCUUCGACAGGAUCCCGCUUUACUGGCUACCAACAGAGUUUCAGUUAGCCGACAUCCUUACCAAACCGAAGAGUCCUGACUCCUGGUGGGAAACGAUAU